AUGGAAGAUGUUCGCGGCAUGCUGGCGACUGAAUGGCUGAGCUACAGGCGGCCGUCACCAGAGGCUGCGGCCUUUUAUGCACGUGUGAUCGCAACGGGCGCUCGAGGGGCGCCCGGGCUGGUGGGGGAGGGGAUGGGGGUCGGGGAGAGUUCCGGCGCGCUGCGCGGUCGGGACUGGGACCAACUGCCUUUUGGGAAACUGAGAUACAAGGCUCAACACUUUGUUGUACAUGUGUGUAGCACGUUUCCUGAAAGGGUGUUGAUCGGGUUGGAUGUGGGAAAAAUAGCCGCUCGAGUUGCAGGGCCUCGAAACAAAAGGCAAAGCUGGCCUCUGGUUUUGAGUGCCACAGGUGGCGACGGUUCCUUUUGUUUUGGGCCUUUGGGGGGCGCUCGCCGUGUUGGCGGGCGCCGUCGAUUUUGUGUGUCAGCGGAUUUCCUUCGUUGUAACGCCAAGGAAAGGGCAUUCCUGGACUGGCGUUUGUGCCUUUUUUCCGACUAA